UACGCAAAAGAAAAAAGUGCCUUUUCAAGUACAAAUUCAGCAGGAAAAUGUAUCUCAGUCCUAAGACACGUUCGAUCUAGUAGAUUCAGUCUAAGCCGGUAAAUUUCACGGACUCGCCAUGAUCUCGGCCUACGUUGUCCCUUGUGCUAUCGCGUGUCUUUUGGUGUGGAUGCUGGCAUCGCUGUUCGGCAAAAGAAGACUGUUUCUGUUCGCCAGGGAUUAUAAAGGACCACGAUUUUAUCCUGUAGUCGGCAACGGGCUACAUGCCAUAGAAAAAGAUUUCUUCAACGGAAUUCAAGACCACAUCAAAGAUGGAUUACCGUCUAAUCUGUGGCUGUGCCACGAAUAUUAUUACAUCACCGAUAAUGCUACCGAGAUCAGAGAAGUUCUAAACAAUCCCAAUUCUUUGGACAAGAUGAAAUUGUACGGAUUCAUAAAUCUGGCAAUGAAAGAUUCUCUACUUCUUAUGCCUGUGGACCUGUGGAAGAAACACAGAAAAUUCUGUUCGAGGAGCUUCAGCCAACCUGUCCUAAACAGUUUUGUACGGUUUUUUUACAAUAAUUCUGUUACCCUAAACGAAGUACUCAAAGACGCCCAUAACAAAGACACAUUUGAAAUAUUCGAAAGAUAUACCUUCGAAACGUUUUGCGAGAGCGUUGUAGGUUACGAAUAUAAAGCUCAACUAAACCACAACUUAAAGUUAGUAGAGUCGUUGGAAGAACUACAGACAUUGGGCUCCCAUUUAGUAGUGGCAUUUCGAUAUAUUCCAAUCGUAUUUUGGCUGUUCCUAAGCAGAGGUAGAAGAGCCCUUAAGAUUAUAAGAAACGUUCAUACUACUAUUUAUAAUAUCAUCGAAGAGAAGAGAAAAUCUUAUUUUAAGGAAUCAGUAUGUUAUGACAACGAUGCACUUCCUUUGGUAGAUUCCAUGUUAUAUAAUGGUUUCAAUAAUAAACAGAUAUUUGACGAAGUAUUCUUAUUUAUUUUAGCAGCAACGGACACAUCAGGCGGCACAUUAGCCUAUUUUUUUACAUUAUUAGGAAUGCACCAAGACAUCCAGAACAAAGUAUACGAAGAGGUCAUGGAGGUAGUGGGACCUCACAGGCCAAUCUACCAAGAAGAUCUUAACAAUUUAAAAUAUACAGAGCGUUGUAUUUUUGAAGCCAUGAGAAUCUUUCCUGUGGUUCCGUAUUUGGGUCGCUACGCCACUGCUGAUAUACCAGUUGGUACUAAAGUAAUUCCCAAAGACACGAACAUAUUUAUCAGUAUAUUUAACGUACAUCGCAACGAAAAUUAUUAUCCCGACCCUUUGAAAUAUGAUCCAGAUAGAUUUUUGCCGGAGGAAAUUGCCAAACGUGACAGUUACGCUUUCAUUCCAUUCUCAGGAGGUCCACGAAACUGUAUAGGAAAAACCUACGCACUAAUGCUAUUGAAAACCGCUGCGGCCAGUGUUAUCAGGAACUACCAAACGUUUUCCGAUUAUAAGUCAGUCACUGAACUUAAUUUUACGUCCUGUAUAUCUAUGAAAACGGUGCACAAGCUUGAUUGUAGAUUUAAGCCAAGGAUACAUCCUGAAUAGAGAAAACACGUCAGAAAAAAACAUUUUUGUAGGCAAUCUCUCAGUUUAAUUCUCCGGGAACAUUGCUGCUAAAAUAUUUAAGUGAUCGUACCCAUAAAAUAUCGUACCAAAUAAACUUUUAGUCACGUGAUUAAGCUUGGCCGGCAG